AGGCAUAAAUCUAUCGCAACAAUUAGGCACAAUACGUUGCAAAACAUCGGCCUCACGUCCACUGUGCCAUUGGCUACGAGAACUUCAUUGAGCUCAGAGCAAUCAACAUCUUCGAUCAAUCACAAUGUGGAAGUUAGCUACCACUGUCACCGCUCUUCUAACAGUCGCUUUGGGAACUGAGGUAGCUCCCGGCCUACACCGAGAAGUCAGCAAUGAGGCACAAAGUUUGGGAUUCAAAGUGAUCUACGGCGAUGAAGAUUUAACUGUUAUAAACCAAGUUGUAUCUGAAGCAGAGAAAAAUGAUGCACUCAAGAGCAAAUAUAGGGUAAACGAAGCCAUUAAACCGUUGCCAGCGGUUGAUGUGAAAUGCUUGAUGUCCGUGGACCGAUAUUGUACAAAGGAGAUGGGUGCUUUGAAAAGUGUUCUCAUCCAAGCAAUCAAGGAGGACUGCGCGAAAUGCUCAACGAAACAGAAGGACGACGCUGGAAAGGUGAUUGCAGCGAUGAUGGCUCACGAUCCUGUCGCCUGGAAGCUGUUCCUGACCAGAUCUGCGCUUCAGACGAAGCCGAGAGAGGCUGAGAAACGAGAAGAGCUUCGUUUGAAGCUUAUAGGGGAGCCAGAGGAAGUAAUAAGAUCACCUAAGAAUAGAUACACCAUGCCUGGGGUCAAAGUUAGGGUCAAAAGAUAUAUGGCUGAGAAACUACCCUAGUUCUAGCAACAUUUUUUAACUGAAACCUUUCAAUGCUUUUGGUGAAGCUGUCAAAACUGCUUUUAGACUCAUUUCAUAGAUCUGUCAGACUGCGUUUCCAGCAGAGAUGUGA